AUGGUCUUCGGCCGCUCCCUGAACGAGUCAAGGUUGAUCAGCUCUGCCAACUAUGUGCGAACGGAACUUCCGACGAGAAUCGCCCACCGAAUCCGCGACAUGCAACGCCUCCCCUACGUAGUGGUAACCAACCCGCACAUCAACCAAGUCUACGACCUCUACUACACAGCCUUUGACACCUUCCGCAAGAUUCCCGAGAUCAAGACCCUCGAAGACAACGACGCUCUAUGCGCCACCAUCCGCUCCACCCUCAAAGCACAUCUGACCGUGAUCCCCAACCUAGCCAUGGGCAUCCUAGAGUCAGCCGGGCUCAUGGACGCAAAAGAGCUGGACAAGUUCAUGAACAUUCUUCUCCGGUCCCGCAUCUCCCGCCGCGUCAUCGCCGAGCAACAUCUAGCUCUAACCGACACCUUCAACGCCCCCUGGUUCUCUCCGGGGGCCAAGCUUUCCGACUACGAGUUCAUCGGCGAAGUCUUUCUCAAGUGCGUCGCCAAGGAGGUCGUCGAGCGGUGCGGCCAGGCCAUCCGCGACAUCGCGCAGCGCGCCUACGGUCCGGACGUGGCGAUCCCGGAGAUCAAAGUCGACGGACAUCUGGAGGCCAACUUCCCGUAUAUCCUCAGCCACCUCGAGUACAUCAUCGGCGAGCUCCUCCGUAACUCGGUGCAGGCCGUGGUGGAGAAGCACCAGCGCUACAAGGAGAAAGUCGCCGCAGCGGGAGGGAACACGGACGAGAUCGGCCCCCCGCCCGCGAUCGAGAUCACUAUCUGCGAAAGCAAUCAGCACGUCAUCAUCCGCAUCUCGGACCAGGGUGGCGGCAUUCAGCAGGACGUUCUCCCUUAUCUGUGGUCCUUCAGCAAGGGGCCGUCGAGCCAGCAGCUGCUCGCAAAUCUGGGACAGGUGCCCAAGAUGGCGGCGACGAUGCAGGAGCUAAAAGUCGAGGGUACUUCCUCCUCUAGCGGCGGCAACGAGGCCAGUGAAGCAACAACAUUGGGCAAGAUCCAACAGCAGCAGCAACAGCAACAGCAACACCAACACCAACAGCAACAGCAACAGCAACAGCAACAGCAACAGCAACAGCAACAGCAACAGCAACAGCAACAGCAACAGCAACAGCAACAGCAACAGCAACAGCAACAGCAACAGCAACAGCAACAGCAGCAACCCCAACAAAAACAACCCCAGCAACAACAGAUCAAGGGAAUCCAUAACGGCCACAACUUCCCCGGCGAUCCAGGCUACAGCAACUCCUUAGCAACACUAACCAGCCGCCCGCCAAACUUGCGCUUGGGCAUGGGACUACCCCUGAGCAGGGUGUACGCCGAGUAUUGGGCCGGUAACCUGGCGCUGCACAGUCUGGAGGGGUACGGGGUGGAUGCGUUUUUGCAGAUUUCGAAGCUGGGGAACAAGAACGAGCAGUUAACGACGCGGGCAACGAUGGAUGCGGUUUAG